AUGCGCAGCGGCCCGGGACCGCCGGGGAGGGGGGGCGGGGUCCCGCAACUCGGCCCCCCUCGGCCUCGCGGGUGGGGGAGAGAGGCCCGAGCGGACCCCUUUCUGCUCCCCCCGCCACCGGCAGCCCUCUCGCGGCGGUUCGGCCCUCUCCGAGGGGCGGGGCCUGGGGCCCUACGGAAAACCUGUCCCCGGUGGCCUCGUGGGGGUUUCCGCCAGAUCGCCCUGAACAAGGUGGCCGUGCUGCUACUGGCCGGGGGGCAGGGCACUCGCCUGGGCGUGACCUACCCCAAAGGCAUGUACCAGGUGGGGCUGCCCAGCCAGAAGACCCUGUAUCAGCUGCAGGCGGAACGGAUUCAGCGGGUGGAGCAGCUUGCUGGCCAGCGCCAUGGGACCCGCUGCACCAUCCCCUGGUACAUCAUGACGAGUGAGUUCACGCUGGGGCCCACGGCCAAGUUCUUCAAGGAGCAUGACUUCUUCCACCUGGACCCCAACAACGUGAUCAUGUUUGAGCAGCGCAUGCUACCUGCUGUGACCUUUGAUGGCAGGGCCAUCCUGGAGCAGAAAGACAAGGUUGCCAUGGCCCCAGAUGGCAACGGGGGGCUGUACUGUGCACUGUCAGACCACCAGAUUCUAGAGGACAUGGGGCGUCGGGGAGUGGAGUUCGUGCACGUGUACUGUGUGGACAACAUCCUCGUGCGGCUGGCUGACCCCGUCUUCAUCGGCUUUUGCGUGCUUCGAGGCGCAGACUGUGGGGCCAAGGUGGUGGAAAAGGCGUACCCCGAGGAGCCCGUGGGUGUGGUGUGCCAGGUGGACGGGGUCCCCCAGGUGGUGGAGUACAGUGAGAUCAGCCCCGAGACUGCGCAGCUUCGUGGGCCCGAUGGGAGCCUGCUCUACAGCCUGGGCAACAUCUGCAACCACUUCUUCACCCGAGACUUCCUCCAGAUGGUCAGCAGCGAGUUUGAGCCCUUGCUGAAGCCGCAUGUGGCUGUGAAGAAGGUCCCAUACGUGGAUGAGGAGGGAAAUCCGGUAAAGCCGAUAAAACCAAACGGGAUAAAGAUGGAGAAGUUUGUGUUUGAUGUGUUCCAGUUUGCUAAGAGCUUCGUGGCCUUUGAGGUGUCCCGGGAGGAGGAGUUCUCUCCGUUGAAGAAUGCUGCCUCAGCUGCCAGGGACAACCCCGCCACGACUCGGUGCGCCCUGCUCACGCAGCAUUACCGCUGGGCCCUGCAGGCAGGGGCCCACUUCCUGGAUGCCUGUGGGGCCCGGCUCCCUGAACCGCCCAGCCUGCCCGGCAGCAGAGAGCCCCCCGCCAUCUGUGAGAUCUCGCCUUUGGUGUCCUACUCUGGAGAGGGUCUGGAGGAAUACCUGCGAGGCCGGGAGUUCCGGUCCCCACUCAUCCUGGAUGAGAACCAGGCCAGGGCUCUGCAGCCCUGACUCACUCCCAGAGCUGCCAACCCCGGGGGCCUGAGGGGCAGGGACACGGGUACCUCCACCGGGGUGGGGCCCCUCCCAUCACCGGUACCGUGGACAGAAAUGACCCCAGGCGGGCUGGGGACCAACAAGGGCUCUUUGUCUGCGCUCCAGGCUGUGGGGUGUGGGCGGGAGGCAGAGGUGUGGCGUCCUCGCUCAGAACAGAGGCCCCCCGGAGGACCGAUGGCACGUCCAGCCCUACACGCACACCCGCUUGCUGAGGAGCGCCAGCCGCUCCAGCUUUCCUGCAGAGGCACAGAAGAGGCAAGGAGAGGGAGGGGGCGGCGUCUCUCCCUCACAGGGCACCGCGUCUGAGGCGCCGCCCCCUCCCUCCCUCUAGCAGCUGAACCGUACCUGCGGUGAGGCUGGGGGAGGGUUCGCAGCCCAGCCCCCCAACUUCCCACCACCCCCAACCCACACGGAGCCUGCACACCUAAAGCUGGAUCCUCUCAAUUUCCCUCGGACGCCCCGGCUGCUCGGCCCCGUCUACGGUUGGUUCGGGCUGCUGAAUUGUACGUGCUUCCGCCAAGAACCAGCGGGACCAACGCCAGUGGCCUCACAUGGUGGUUCAAGCUGAAAUAUGACCAGCCAGGGAGCUCCAGCCCUCGACCAGCUUGCCAGCAGCUUCCGACAGGUCUCGGUGCUCACGUCCUCCCGCGCUCUCUGGAGCCACAGCCCCACCUAUGGGUCCACAAGCCCUGCACUGCACCCCCGCACCCUGACAGAGGCUGGGGGAAACCCGCAGGCCCAGGCCCUGAGCCCCUGCCUGGCCUUGCUGCGCCGGGCCCCCGUGCCUUCUUUCCCCUCCGGAAAGCAACACAGGGGCGCCAACCUCCCCACUGACGUGGACAGCGGCAUGAAUUGCAGCCUGCUGCCAAACCCGGCCACCUGCCCCCACCCCCUCCACGGCAGCCCACACCCCCGUGCAAGCUGUGCUCUCCCCAGGGGGAGCACGUUCCCUGGACAGCGGGUUCACAUGCAGCUGAUUCCCCCAGCAGCUUGCAGGGGGCGGUAGACCUGUCCAUGCACCCUGACCUGGGCAAGAGGGCAGGGGCAGGGGCAGGGCCCCGCCCAAAGCCCAGAGGAAGACUUCGCUCCCACCCAGGUCCUGCCCGCCCUUUGCAAACCUCAGAGUUGCACCGUGUGCCUUAGGACCCUUCUCCCAGCUGCUCCACAGGCAAGCAGAGGGCCCGGGACAGAGGAGGGUCGGCCAAGGUGGAGGUCCGGGUCCGGGGUCCUGCCCACAGCUGAGCAACCCUGCAACCUCUUUUCUACACUAGGUGGAAAAGACUAUGAAGCAGCUUGCUUUGAAGGGCACGGUUUAUUUGAAAGUAAUUACACCUUUACAGCGAGUUUCAAACAUAGCACAGAGGGGUCCCCGGGGCCCUUCACCGUGUCCCGAGGGACUGGCAGCUUCCAAGAUCGUGGGGCGCCACCAAACCAGGAACGCCGGGAGGGCUCUGAAGUGCUCUCUCACAGGUGUGCGUUCCCGUGCCUCCUGGGCACUCGAGGCAGCAUGGGCCCCUCCCCACAACGCUGUCUGUCCCUCAGGCUACCUUUAGAGCCUCUAACCCCAGACCACCGAUCACGACACCCCUGGCUUUUGAAAGACUGCCACAAACUCUUUGAUUUCCCACAGAAUGACAGCGGGGGUGGGGAGGAGGGCGGAUUUCCAAUAAACUCAAGAUGCCGUGAUUGAC